AUGGCUUCGCCUCACAUACUUGUGUUCCCAUUCAUGGCGAAAGGCCACACUUUCCCUAUGCUCCAGUUGGCCCGCCUCCUCCUCCGUCAUGGCGCUGCUGUCACCCUUAUCACCACCCCCUGGAACCGCCCCUUAAUCAGCAGCUGCCUCUCCGACACUACCAUCUCCGUCAUAGACAUUCCCUUCCCUCAAAAUCUGCAGUCCAUACCCCCUGAUGUCGAGAGCACGGACAAACUCCCGGACAUAUCCCUUUGGCCGGACCUCCUCGCUGCCACGAAACUCAUGCAGCCUCACUUCGAACAGCAUCCCCAGGCUUGCUUGUUAUACCAUUGGCAUUUUCCCGUCGUGUCUGGCACGCUUGCUCGAACGAGAAGAAGGGCCGCUUUGUUCGGGACUCAAGUGGAGAUAUUGCAGGCCCAGUUCCGGGAGAUCCAGAUUGGGUUGGAGAAAUCAGGGGUGAACUUCUUGUGGCUCGUGAGGAAGAAUGAGCUCGACGAAGGGUUUGAAGAGAGAGUGAAAAGCAGGGGUACACUGGUGAAAGAAUGGGUUGAUCAGAGAGAAAUCCUGGAGCACGAGACUGUCCGAGGGUUCCUGUGCCAUUGCGGUUGGAACUCUGUUAUGGAGAGCUUAUGCGCGAAGGUUCCGAUAUUGGCGUGGCCGAUGAUGUGGGAGCAGCCGGUCAACGCCAGGAUGGUGGUGGACGGGGCGGGGGGGGGGGGGGAAGGUAGCGCCGGCGAGGAGGUGAGGAAGAAAGCGGAGGAGGUCGGCGGCGCUGCUGUGAAAGCGGUGGAAGAAGGCGGGUCGUCGUGGGAGGCGUUGGAUCAGCUCAUCAAUGAGCUGAAUUCGUUCUGAUAAACGCCUUUUUGGAUAAAAUGUUCAUUGUUAUUAUAUCGCAU